AUGGCGGAGCUGGGGAGCAUGCUGGCCUCGGCCGUCGUCAGCAUGCUGAAGAAGCAGAUCGGCUCUGCCAUCGGAGGACAGAUCACGCUGCAGAUGGACCUGAGCAAGGACCUGAGGAGGAUGGCGAUGACCCUGGAGUCCGUGGAGGCGGUGCUGCGCGACGCCGAGAGGCGGUCCGUCGGCGACGCGGCGGUGCGGCUGUGGCUGAAGCGGCUCGAGGACGCCGCCUACGACAUCUCCGGCAUGCUCGAUGAGCUUGAAGGCCACGGCGAAGAGGGGAUCCAAACGGCUGCGAGUGAGUUGGCAUGUAAUAUCCCCUGUCUCAUGAUUUGUCCCAAGAUUAAGCUGGCUAACAACAUGAAGAUGAUGCGGGAGGAGUUGGAGGAGAUCACCAAGCAAUACAAGUGUUUCAGGUUGAAGGCUGGCCCUAACACCAAUGGUGAGAUCAAACUUGCCGAUUUGCGAGAAACAUCAUCGAUCAUGGGUGACAAAGCACUCAUCGUAGGGAGAACCAGAGAAAAACAGGUUAUUUUGGCUUCUUUAUCUGAGCAGGUGGAUCAGGCUAUCACCAUUCUUCCUAUCUAUGGUAUUGGAGGCAUUGGCAAGACAACCUUGGCAAAACUUGUUUUCAAUGAUACCCAAUUCAAAGACUACUGUCAGGUGUGGGUCUAUGUUUCCCAGACAUUUGACUUGAAUAAAAUUAGCAACUCAAUUAUAUCACAGCUAUCAAGAAAGGAGAGCCAGUUGACUGAAGGGCAGAUGAUACAUAGUCAUCUUAGGGAACUACUUGCUGGGAAGAAAAUUCUGAUUGUCUUAGAUGACCUGUGGGAGGACGAUAAAUCUCUAUUGGAUCAUUUGAUGGAUAUACUAAGUGUUGCUGAGGGUGCUAAGCUGGUUGUUCUAGUAACCACGCGUGAUGAGGGCAUUGCAGCAAAGUUUUGUACCAUACGACCACUCAAAUUAGAACCACUGACAGAUGACAUGUGCUGGAGUAUAAUAAAGCAAAGGAGUGCCUUUGAAUCUAGAGACGAUAAAGAACAGUUGGAGCUAAUAGGGGAGGAAAUUGCAACAAAAUGCAGCGGUGUGGCUUUAGCAGCACAAUCACUUGGAUACAUGUUGCGAUCUAUGACAUCUAGUGAAUGGGAGUCAGUGAGAAAUAGUGAUAUUUGGAAGAUAUCAGCUUUAGAGGAUAUACCGUCGCCACAUCACAAGGUGCUUGCAUCCUUGAUGUUAAGCUAUAGCAGUAUGCCUUCAUACUUGAAGCAAUGCUUUGCCUACUGUGCAAUUUUCCCCAAAGGUCACAACAUAGUAAAAGAUGAUCUGGUCCACCAAUGGGUUGCUUUGGGUUUCAUUGAGGAAACGAACAUAUUCUCCACUAGGCAGCUCAGUGAGAGAUACAUCAAGCAACUGUUGGGUUUGUCCUUCCUUCAACACUCAAAGUCACCUGCGAAUGCUGGACUGCAUCAUGAAGAUGUCACACUAUUAACCAUGCACGACUUAGUGCAUGAUGUAGCAAUGGUAAUGGUCGAUGAAAUUUUGCUCUCUAGCAAACAAGGCAACACUGUUGGAAUCAGCUACCGUUAUGCACUGCUCAAUAGUUGCAUCAAUCCUUUGGAGUCAUCCACAGGUUAUCCAGCCAAGAUAAGGGCUCUGCGCUUCAUGAACUGUAAGGAAAUUGGUCUUAGUGAUGGUGCAUUUUCAUCUGCCAAGUCUUUGCGUGUCUUGGAUUUGAGUGAGUGCUAUAUACAGAAGUUACCAGAUUCUAUUGAUCAGUUCAAGAAACUGAGGUAUCUUAAUGCCCCUGGGGUUCAAUAUCAAAUGAUCCCUAAUUGCAUCACCAAGCUUAUAAAGUUAAUGUACCUCAGCCUUCGUGGGUCUUCCAAAAUCUUGUCACUGCCAGGUUCAAUUGGAGAAAUGGAGGGGCUGAUGUAUCUUGAUUUAUCAGAUUGUUCAGGAAUACAAGAACUGCCAAAGUCAUUUAGCAAGCUUCAAAAGCUUGUGCAUCUUGAUUUCUCAAAUUGCUCUUGUAUCAAAAGUUUAUCACAAUGCCUGGGGAGCCUCACGGAACUACAAUAUUUGAAUCUAUCAUGCAGUUCAGAUCUGUGUCUACUAGAUGUUGAGUUUUUUGGCAAGCUCACCAAACUGGAAUAUUUGAACCUUUCAUGCGGAUUAGAGCUGAUUGUAUUUGAUGUGGAGUUUUUAAGCACCCUUACCAAUCUUAAAUAUUUGAACUUAUCUUCAAAGAAGUCAAAUAUCAAAAUCCUACCAGAGGAUUUGGGUAAACUUGUGGAACUCAAGUACUUGAGCUUAUCAGGCUGUGGUGAAAUAGUAGAAUUACCAAUAUUUUUAGGGAAGCUAAAAAAUUUGGUGCAUCUGGAUUUAUCAUGCUGUGUAUUAUCAACUGAACAUCUAGUCAUUGGCUGGCCAGAAGUCAUUGGCAGUCUAACAAAUCUGAGAUACUUGAAUUUAUCCCAGUGCAUGGAUUUUAUGUUUCAUGGAUCUGAUGAAACUGAUAGAUUCAUUGACUGUAUCAGCAGGCUUUCCAAUCUAGAGCAUCUGGAUUUGUCUAACAAUGCAGUUCUGCGUAGUUUACCUGAAAGCAUUGGCAGCCUGAAGAAGCUACAUACCUUGAACCUCUCCGGUUCCAGAAUUCUCACACGGUUUCCAGAAUGUUUGAUUAAAAUGGAAAGUCUGAAGGUUCUAAAUGUGAAGGGUUGCAAUGUGUAUGAGGACAAGCUUCCUCAAUCCAACUUUCUCUUCACGUUGCCUGAUUUUGUGGUGCAUGCUGGUGACGGUGAAUCUAGCAGCAAUCUUGCUCUCCUUGAACAUGCAAAGCUUGAUCAAGUGUUGGCCCUCAGUAAACUUGAAAAUGUGAAGUCCGUACAAGAGGCACGGAGUAUAAAACUGAUGGAAAAACAUGGCAUUAAUCAUCUCGAAUUGGAGUGGACUAGAGGGACAGAUAGGUUUGUGGAGGACAUGAAUGUGUUGGAAGAGAUAGUUCCACCAGGCACUCUAAAGAAUUUAGUGAUAAAGGGUUAUAGUAGCGUCAGAUUGCCAGGUUGGAUAAUGAGAAUUGCACAUCACCUUGGCAAGCUUGUCGAAAUUAUGUUGUGGGAUUUGCCCAAGUGCAAUAGCCUUCCACCUCUUGGUCAGUUACCAAACCUAGAAAAGAUCAUUCUUGGGUGUAUGCACGGCAUUAGAAGAAUUGACGGGAGCAUCUACGGUGGGUCGAAUGCGUUUCCUUCCCUGACAGAAUUUUACCUGUUGGGUAUGGGCAGCUUGGAAGAGCUGGAUUUGGGAGGUUUUCAAGAAGAAGGCAUGUUUCCUGAGCUUCAGUACUUUGAAACUUCUGAUUGCCCCAGGUUGAGGCUGAAAUCGUGCCCACCUAGAGCUGUCAAAUGGGAGAUAGUAAGCAGUGACAAUGUGUUAUCAUCGUGGGGAGAGAGAUGGCACCAUGCUGUUUCCUCCUCUUGUGGAGUGACUCGUGUUCAAAUUUCCUUCUCCAAGCUGCCUAUGCAUCAGUGGGGGUUGCUUUGCCACCUCCCUGCUCUAAUUGAUUUACAUAUCCAAGAAUGCAACAAUCUGACCAGCUCAUCUCCAGAGAUCAUCCGAGCCUUCAACCUCAACCCCUUGAAAUCACUGACCCUAACAAAGAACGUCCAGGCAGAACUGCCACGGUGGUUGGGUGAGCUCACAUGUCUGCAGGACCUGAGUUUGUCAGAUAUUCAAGACCUGGAUGACUUGGAAGGGAACAUAAGUCAGCUUACUUCACUACACUCACUUAAAAUUUUGUGUUGCUAUAGCAUGACAUCAUUACCAGGGUGGGUAGGAGAACUUGCCUCUCUUAGAUAUUUGGAAUUAACGAGGUGCACAAAGCUGAAUGAGUUCCAAGAGAACUUGUGCAAUCUCAUCUCCCUUAAAGUGCUAAAAUUGUAUGAUUGUCCCACAAUUCGUGCUCUGCCUGAAAGGAUGGGUGACCUUAACUCUCUAAAGGAACUAGAGAUCAUUGAUUGCAAGGGCAUCAAUUCAUUGCCAGAGAGUAUACAACAACUCACUAAUCUCAAAAAACUACGGAUUAAAAAGUGCCCUGGAUUACUGCACUGGUGUACACUAGAUGAGAAUAAGAAGAAACUCGCUCACAUAAAAGAAAAGAUAAUUACUUGGUACCUGUUUUAGCAAGACAGACAGUUUGUAGCGGAUAUCAGGCUGAAAAAUCAAAGCCCUUGCAAACAACUUACAAGAUAUUUUUCAUGGCUGGCUGUUAUUGAUCAGGUCAAAGUACUAUCAUGGACAUGGAUAUAGCAAGAUUUCCCUGCUCGGAACUGGUGUUUCAAGUAGUUUCCUAAGCAAAACCGUCAGGCGUGCUUUGGCGAGAUAAAAACUACUCACACACUCAUGCUCUUCCCGAACAGUAGACAGAAACCACCUUUGGUUACUUGUCAUCUCCAACGCCAGUAUGAGCUAAGGUGUCAGAUGGCUGUUAAGCAUCUCUCGAAGCAGCAGCAGGAGCAGCAUUGUUUUGUGCCACUUGAUCAGUUGUUAAUUUAGAACACGGAUAUAUCGAAUUCUCUCGUUCUCUCUGUAAACAGUUGGAGCGAUAGAUGCAGAAAUGAAAAGUAAGAAGGCUACCGAUUACAGUGGCGGAGCUAGACAGGAAAUGAUGGGGCAGCUGCCAGGCAAAUAUUUGUCGGUCCAAAAAUUUAACAAUUUAUCCUAACUUUUUAUGCAGUGUCAACACACAUAACUGAAUAGUUUCCAAAAUUGAUCAAUAUAUCUUAUAUGUUUAGU